AUGCCAAGAAAGUCAAAAGCCAAGAAACGCAAGCUUGCAGCGAUACAGCAAUCGUCGAAUCAAGGAAGCGAUCAAGAAGGUACUAGUGAUCGUCGACGAAGCAGUGAUGGUAAAGGAAGUAGCGACCAAGCGAGUGGUGCAGAGGAACAGAGGCCAUCAUCCUGGGGUUAUGUCCCAUUUAUUUUUAUGCCUGUACCAUCGAAUAACACCAGUCCGCAUAGGAACGAGGGAACCAUACAAUCAAUCCCCCUUUCGAGUAUCGGGCAGCCUCUGCAACCACCAGCACAGAAUAAGUCGAAAUUUCUCACCGUAUCUUUCAAAUGGUUUGGAAAGCGGCAAGGAUAUUGGCACAAGUUUCACUGCUGUGUGUCAGAUACUGGCAUAACAGUUGAGGAUUGGCUUUACAAUUAUUUGAACAAACAAACACCAGACAUCUACUUUGACCCUCUGCUAUGUCCCCUCCGGGAUUCAUCGAAGGCAGUCAUUGACCUGAGUCUAGGUCCCAAUCAGUGUAUCCGAAUCGCCAAUACCCGUGAAGAUAUCAAAUCUGAGGAUGUGAGACACCAUACAUAUAUGAUUGGUCUUCGAUCCACCCAUGGUUCGUUGCUGCAACCAACGGACACCAUAUGGGAUCUUAUCAUACGAGGACGACAUGAGCAAGUUUCGAUUGUGAAUCUUCGUGAAGAUACUAUCUGGGGCAAUAUCGGCACCAGAGGACACGACAACAUUCAGACACGAUUGGUCCAUCCUGCAAAUGCUUCACAAGGUCCUCCCACAACAACUGGAGCAUCCACGAAAAAGGAUGCAAAUACUGGGGCCAAAGAUAAAAAGAAGAAACCAGUCGAAAAGGAAGCCAACGCGAAAAAAGCAGCUGCUACCAAUGCGGCAUUGGAAACAAAAAAUGAAAAUGAGGAAAGAGUUGUCGACACUUCUACUAGCAGUGAAGAAGAUGAAGCGGAAACUACAGAGCCCGAAGAAGACAUGGCAGACACGAUGGAUGUUGACACCGAAGAAAAUGAUCCAGAAGCCGAUGAAAGUAGCGAUUCUGAAGACGACGCACAGGUAACAGACACCUCGAACGAAUCAUUGGAUAACGGUGAAGAGGAGAAGGACAAGAACGACCCACUGCCACUAUCUACAAAGGCAAAAGCACCCAAUCAGCCAGAUCAAACGAAACCCGUUGAGAAGUCUGACGAUAAAGUCAAAUCUGAGCUUGUGAGCCUCCCCGACUAUCUAUGGCAUUCGGAGCAGCCGGAAGACGAGGAUGUAGCAUUGGACUCAGCAACGAACGAACCAAAGAAGGCCGAUGAAAACGAUGACAAUGAUGAAGCAUCCGUACAGUCUGAUGAUAGCGAUUCAUCCUCCUCUUCAUCAUCAUCAUCAUCAUCCUCCUCCUCGUCGUCGUCUUCCUCUUCAUCCUCAUCAUCUUCGUCCUCCUCCUCAUCUUCCGAGUCGUCUUCUUCCUCAACUUUGGCUCUAGAGAGGGGAACUGAAGUUCUUACCCAAAAAGAAAAUGAUGAAAUGGAAGAAGCGGAGGAACCCGAAAAGACUCAAGAAGCUGUUUUGGAUUCUUCGGUCGACCCACCAGUGCAAAACCACGACCCCAACGAUGACAACGAGUCGUCUUCUUCCUCGACUUUGGUUCCAGAUAGGGUAAAUGAAGUUCUUACCCAAAAAGAAAAUGAAGAGGCGGAAGAGGGGGAGGAACCCGAAAAGACUCAAGACGCUGCUGUGGAUACUACCGUCGAUCCACCAGUCCAAAACAAAGAAAAAGACGAUGAUGGCGACGACAAGCCAAAAAGUAGCAAGCAUGACAAUCAUGAAAGCGAUGCCAAGCCAAAAGGUUUCAAGCCAACCAAGGUGGAGAAACCAAAUGUAGUAGUGGGGAUGGAAAUUAGUCUGCCGCCACCACUAAGAAAGAAGGACGACGGAGACAAUUUGAAAGAAGAAGACAAUGGCGACAACGAAAAGGUGGAGCAGGAAAAUGAUGGAGCCAAACCAGAAAAGGCUGAUGAAAAGGAAGACAACGAUGAGGGUGAUGAUGAUAAUGACGAUCAUUCCGCAUCAUCUUCGAGUUCCUCAUCCAGUUCAAGUUCCAGCAGAAGCAGUGACUCAUCUUCUUCAACCUCCUCCUCAUCAUCAUCAUCUUCCUCCUCCUCAUCUUCCAGCAGCAGCAGCAGCAGUGAGAGCAACAAGACUGCAACCCCGGAAGUAAAGGUAGCGGCCAAUGCCAACUUUUCGUCGACAAUUGGCAGCACCAGCAAUACGGCCACAGCACGACCGGCCACUGCUACUGCUACUGCUACCGCCACCACCACCACCACCACUGCCAAGAGACGAAAACUAUUCCGACCAUUGUUGGAUCCCAACAAGGAGAUCAUCAUCAAGCCCACCAACCGACGCCUAUCCUUUUCGCAGACUUCAAAUGGGUAA